GGUGAAAGUUUGGCAAAGCGAGGUGCUGUGAUCGAGGACAGGAUCAGUGACUUGCCUGAACAUCUGAUUCUGCAGAUAUUGUCUUUACUCCCAACAAAACUUGUCAUAGCCACAAGUGUUUUGUCUAAGCAAUGGCGCUCUGUUUGGAAAAUGGUGCCGAUUCUCCAGUUCGAAUCUAAAAGGAACAUACGGAAGUUUUCAGAGGAUGUUUGCAAGUCUCUGCUUUCGCAUAAAGCUCCGGUUUUGGAGAGUUUGCAUCUGAAUGUCAACGAGAAUUGUGAGGAUGUGUAUAUCGGAAUAUGGGCUGCAAUUGCAAUCACACGCCAUGUCCGUGAGUUGUUGCUCCAUCUUAGAUUUUCUUAUUCAGAUUCCCGAGUAGCUUGUUUUGUUUUGAAGACCUUGAAACUCAAAGAUUGCGUUCUUAUAGAUAUUCCUUCUAAGGUUCCUGUUGGGUUUUGG